CGUUUUGGGACUAGCUCCCAACAAGCGAGCCCUCGUCCGAAUAAGGUUAGCGUCCCAAUUACCCGAUCCCACAAGCAAAGUCACUCAGUUGGACUUCCUCUCUCCAUCCCUCUGUCGACAACCCAUCGCGAUCCUCGCCCAUCGCCCAUCAUGUCGCUCGUGACCGGCGAGAAGACGAACUUCCAGUUCAUCUUGCGUCUGCUCAACACCAAUGUUGACGGCAAGCAGAAGAUCAUGUACGCGCUGACCCAGAUCAAGGGUGUCGGUCGCCGUUACUCCAACCUGGUCUGCAAGAAGGCCGAUGUCGACCUCACCAAGCGUGCUGGUGAGCUCACCACCGAAGAGCUCGAGCGUAUCGUGACCAUCCUCCAGACCCCCACUCAGUACAAGAUCCCCUCGUGGUUCCUCAACAGACAGCGCGACAUCACCGAUGGCAAGGACACCCAGGUUGUCUCCAACGGUCUUGACUCCAAGCUCCGUGAGGAUCUUGAGCGCCUCAAGAAGAUCCGCUCCCACCGUGGUCUGCGUCACUACUGGGGCCUCCGUGUCCGUGGUCAACACACCAAGACCACUGGCCGCCGCGGUCGCACCGUCGGUGUCAGCAAGAAGAAGGGCUAAAUUAUUCUGUUCGUUUUUUUUGCCGGGGGUUCUUGGAGGGAUUCCGUUAUUUCCGGUGUGUUUCUAUGGGCAGCACUCGUGGGAUCUUUUCCCCGCUG